GUCAACGAGACGCUAACACAGUCGCGCUUUUGGCGCUCCCUGUACGCUCGCCCUCAGCGCCCCUAAUCUGAGUAGCAAUGCAUCGCCUUUCUUUCAUCCCUGUCGUCCCGUACCCUCGCCGUCAUACGAAACCCGCCGACUAUUGUUGGCCUCUACUUGAUUGACUACCAGGCGCAUACACUCACCUCGCUCACCUCCAAUCAGUCCUGCUAACCCUCAUCCUCCCUUCCUUUUCUCUUGCCCUUCCCUCUCACCUUCCCCCUUCCCUCCCCCCUUCCUACCCUCCCCCCUUCUGCUCUCUUUUCACGCCCUCCCUCCCCAGCUCUCGUCUUCUCUUGCCCCCCAUCUCGCCCUUUCUGUCGCACCCUUAUUGCCAAAUGCGCGCAUAUACCCGCUUUGCCAACCUCCGCCUUCUUCUCCUCGCCGCCACUUCCCCCCAUCCCUCCCUCCAUCUGUCCCUUCCUCGGGUCUUCCUCCCUCUCUUCUCGUCUUCACCCCUCCAUCCCAUCACCCUCCCCUCCAUGCCCGCCGGGUACAUGCGCUUCCCCUCCCCUCCCCUCGCCGUUCCUCCCACGGGUCGGUGGCGUAGCUGGUUAUCGCAUCUGUCUAACACACAGAAGGUCCUCAGUUCGAUCCUGGGCCGACUCAUCUUGCCAUAGGCGGAUUCUUUUUCCCCUCCGGUGCAUAGGACAUGGUUCACUCCUUGUACGCUUUCCUCUCCCCUCUUCCGUCAAUGUCAUCCUGCCAUGAUUUGUCCCGCUGCACUAUCCUUGCGCGCUCCUUCGGCUUUCCUCCGAACUGCUCUCCUCCUCAUUUCCUCAUAUCGCGCUUCUUCUGUCCGCCUCCCCUCCUCUCUUCUCGCUCUCGUUCCCCUUACUUUCUACUCGUGCGGUUGAUAUCUCGCCUCCUCUCUCCCCUCCUUCCGACUCCUUCUCGCCCCAUCCUCCUUCUCACUUUCAUUCUCGCGCCCUUCGCCCACGGGGUCAUCGGCAGACUCGGCAGACCAGCCGGGCACACGUAUUUGUGACCUGCACUUGAUCGGAGGUAUCCCGCCCUUGGCUUCGACCGCGACUAAUCGUCAUCUCUGCCGCCAGCUCUUGCCCAAUCGCUGGACAACACACCCUCUCGCUGGUCAAC